AUGAGAGUCGCAGUAACACGCCUGGGCGGUCUCGCCCAGAGGAGGGGCUUUGCCAGCACGGCGCGCCGACUCGACACCUACGGCUUUGUCGGCCUCGGCCAGAUGGGCUACCAAAUGGCCAAGAACCUCCAGGCCAAGCUCAAGCCCACGGACAAGGUCACCAUCUUCGACAUUAACCCGGAGGCCAUGAAGGGCCUCGAGACGGAGAUGAAGGCUACGGGUAACGGCGCAGCCGUCGAGCUGGCAGCCAGCGCCUUUGACGCUUCCAAGGACGCUGACACGGUCAUCACGGUCCUCCCCGAGCCGCAGCACGUGCAGGGCGUCUACAAAUCGAUCCUGGCGGGAUCGCUCCCGAAAAAGGACCGCGUCUUCGUCGACUGCUCGACCAUCGACCCGUCGACGUCCCGGCAGGUGGCUGCGUCGGUCGCGUCCGCCGGGCAGGGCACGUUCGUGGACGCCCCCAUGUCGGGCGGCGUGGUGGGCGCGACGGCGGGCACGCUGACCUUCAUGCUGGGCGCGGACGAGGGCACGGUGCCGCGCGUGGAGCCCGUCCUGCUGCGGAUGGGACGCAAGGUGCUGCACUGCGGCGAGCAGGGCGCAGGCCUGUCGGCCAAGCUGGCCAACAACUACCUGCUGGCGCUCAACAACAUCGCGACAGCCGAGGCCAUGAACCUGGGGAUGCGGUGGGGGCUGGACCCCAAGAAGCUGGCGGGCGUCAUCAACGUGAGCACGGGUCGGUGCUGGCCCAGCGAGGUCAACAACCCGGUCCGGGGCGUCGUCGAGGCAGCGCCGGCCGGCAGGGACUACCGCGGCGGGUUCGGCAUCUCGCUCAUGAAGAAGGACCUGCGGCUGGCCAUGGUGGCGGCCGAGGAGGCGGGCGCGCGCAUGGCCCUGGCCGACACGGCGUACGGCGUGUACGAGGCGGCCGAGAAGCUCGACGAGUGCAAGGGGCGCGACUUUUCCGUCGUGUACCGGUAUCUGGGGGGCAAGGAGGAGUGA